UCACUUUUCAAGGCUCCCCAUUUCCUUUAUAGCUCCCUCCUCCGGACCAUACAUUCCCCUUCCGUUUCAUACCAGUUAUCCCCUUCCUUUGCCACCGACCACCGUUCCCACUUUCUUGUCGCUUCCUUUCUCUCUGGUCUUUAAGAAGACCCUUCCUCCCAUUCUCAGCCAUCAGUCAUUUUGCCCACUAUAUUCAGUUCUCGCCUUGUCUUUGGAAAUCCUCAUAAUACAUCUCUCUCCAAUGGCCAAGAUCAAGAUUGGAAUCAACGGAUUCGGAAGGAUUGGGAGGUUGGUAGCGAGGGUUGCUCUACAGAGAAACGAUGUCGAACUCGUUGCUGUUAAUGACCCUUUUAUCACCACUGAUUACAUGACCUACAUGUUCAAGUACGACAGUGUUCAUGGCCAAUGGAAGCAUCAAGACGUGAAGAUUAAGGAUUCUAAGACCCUUCUCUUUGGUGAGCAGGCUGUUACAGUUUUUGGCAUCAGGAAUCCAGAGUCCACUGGUGUAGAGUCCACUGGUGUUUUCACAGACAAAGACAAGGACAAGGCUGCUGCGCAUUUGAAGGGUGGCGCAAAGAAGGUUAUCAUCUCUGCUCCCAGCAAGGAUGCUCCCAUGUUUGUUGUGGGAGUCAAUGAAAAGGAAUACAAAUCAGAUCUUGAUGUUAUAUCUAAUGCUAGUUGCACCACCAACUGUCUUGCUCCUCUUGCAAAGGUCAUUCAUGAUAGAUUUGGCAUUGUUGAGGGCCUGAUGACCACUGUUCACUCAAUGACUGCCACCCAAAAGACUGUUGAUGGACCAUCUAGCAAAGACUGGAGAGGUGGGAGAGCUGCUUCAUUCAACAUCAUCCCUAGCAGUACUGGAGCUGCUAAGGCUGUCGGCAAAGUUCUGCCUGCAUUGAAUGGAAAACUGACCGGUAUGGCUUUUCGUGUUCCUACCGUUGAUGUCUCGGUAGUUGACCUUACAGUGAGGUUGGAGAAGGCAGCAUCUUAUGAAGAUAUUAAAGCUGCUAUCAAGGAGGAGUCUGAGGGAAAGUUGAAAGGAAUUCUGGGUUACACCGAAGACGAGGUGGUGUCCACUGAUUUUGUGGGUGACAACAGGUCAAGUAUUUUUGACGCCAAGGCCGGGAUCGCACUGAACAAAAACUACGUGAAGCUCGUGUCGUGGUACGACAACGAGUUAGGCUACAGCACUCGUGUUAUUGACUUGAUUGUUCACGUCGCUUCUGUCCAUUAAGAUAACCAUGGGAUGCCCUUCCUCCAGUUGCUGAGAAAUAAAAGAGCUUUCAACCUUCAAUUUUCA